AGAGUUCCAGGUUGAAGAGACUCUUCCUUGCCCCUGAAUCUUUGCUGUUUCAAAGCCUUGGAAUACCAUUUUUGGAUUUGGGCUGCAGACCGUGGCACACAUGUGAGAUCCUUCGGAACACAGUGUCUCCGAUCAUCCUCAACCCCUAAGCCAUCCGACACUGGUGAGGACCAUGUCCCUGUUCACAUCCUUCCUACUGCUCUGCGUGCUCACGGCAGUCUACGCCGAGACCUUAACCGAAGGCGCUCAAAGUAGCUGCCCUGUGAUUGCCUGCAGUGCUCCGGGCCUGAAUGGCUUCCCAGGCAAAGACGGACACGACGGUGCCAAGGGAGAAAAGGGAGAACCGGGUCAAGGCCUCAGAGGCUUGCAGGGCCCUCCUGGAAAAGUAGGACCUGCAGGGCCCCCAGGGAAUCCUGGGUCAAAAGGAGCAACAGGACCAAAAGGAGACCGUGGACAGAGUGUAGAAUUUGAUUCUACCAACAUUGAUUUAGAAAUCACAGCCCUGCGAUCGGAGCUGAGAGCCAUGAGAAAGUGGGUGCUCCUUUCUAUGAGUGAAAAUGUUGGAAAGAAGUACUUCAUGAGCACUGUUAGAAGGAUGCCCCUUAACAGAGCGAAGGCUCUGUGCUCCGAACUCCAGGGCUCUGUGGCCACUCCCAGGAAUGCUGAGGAAAAUAGGGCCAUCCAGAAUGUGGCCAAAGAUAAUGCCUUCUUGGGCAUAACGGACCAGAGGACUGAAAACGUUUUUGAGGAUCUGACAGGAAACAGAGUGCGCUACACUAACUGGAAUGAGGGUGAGCCCAACAAUGUGGGCUCUGGGGAACACUGUGUGGUGCUCUUGACAAAUGGGAAGUGGAAUGACGUUCCUUGCUCCGAUUCUUUUUUGGUCGUUUGUGAAUUCUCUGACUGAGGGUGCUUGUUUCUCAUCCCUCCGUGAUACUUCAGUGUAUUCUGUAAGUCCACAGUUUGUUCUGAAAAUAUAGGCAAUUCAACAUUGGUUACCUAAUUAAACUGUAACAUUUUUCAGAAUAGCA